AAAGUUGUCGCUUCAGAAUGGAGCUGGCGGAGGUUGAGUUUCUCGCAGAGAAAGAGAUGGUGAAAAUCAUCCCAAACUUCAGUCUUGACAAAAUCUAUUUAAUCGGGGGUGAUCUGGGUCCAUUUAAUCCGGGUCUGCCAGUAUAUGUUCCCGUAUGGUUGGCGCUCAAUCUUAAACAGAGACAGAAGUGCAGGAUUGUGCCUCCAGAAUGGAUGGACACUGACAAACUGGAGGAGAUUCGAGAACAGGAAAGAAAACUGGACACAUUUACUCCUAUCCUGAGUCCAUAUUACAUGGAGCUGACCAAAUUAUUACUCAACCAUGCUGCAGAUAACAUUCCUAAAGCUGAUGAGAUCCGUACGCUGGUGAAGGACAUCUGGGAUACGCGCAUCGCCAAACUCAGACUUUCUGCUGACAGUUUCAUCAGCCAGCAGGAGGCGCAUGCGCGGCUGGAUAACCUCACGCUUAUGGAGAUCAACACCACACGCUCAUUUUUGCUGGAUUCUUUGAACUACAUGUACAAACUGCGCUCAAACCUGCAGCCAGGUAGAACUCGUGACUACUGAGACGCUCUCAAACACUGGACUCACUCUUACAGGACUGAUGUUAUUUUCAGCCUCAUGCUCAAGGGCUCAAGUUUGCUUUCAUGUUCUGUAGCAGAUAUUGUGGAAUUUGAGCCUUUGAAUUAGGUUGUAAUGGUUUAUUUGAAAUAAGGUGUUGUGAUUCCUGUAGAGAUCAUGUUUGUGUCAACUAUUGUUCAAAAAAAUGUACUGGAGAGUAUUUUGUGUGAUUUAAUCUUUUGUUUUAAACACAUUUAUGAAAAACUUUACCAGCCCAGUCUGGUGCCAUUUUUUCACCACAGUGCAUGUUUGACAAUGGAAUUUUUUGUUGAUCUUUUGCAGUUUGAUUAUCUUUGGCAUCAUUAACCAUCACGGUUUACUGUUGACUGUUUAUGGUGACUUUUCAAAGAUCAAGAUGAUAUCCGUUCAUACCCGCAGUGUGAAAAUAGGUGACUGAUGCUGGACUGUUACUGUAACAGAUGAGUAAAAACCCCUAAUGAAGGGUUGUAUAAUGAAUAAAAUACUACUAAAGCAGAAAAUGUUCUAUUUUCUCAGUUUAUAUUUGUUUUAACUAUGCAUUUACACUACCGGUCAAACGUUUUGAAACACUUGACUGAAAUGUUUCUCAUGAUCUUAAAAAUCUUUUGAUCUGAAGGCGUAUGCUUAAAUGUUUAAAAUUAGUUUUGUAGACAAAAACAUAACUGUGCCACCAUAUUAAUUUACUUCAUUAUAAAACUAAAAUUUCAUUUAAAAAAAAGUUUUUAUGAAAUUGAUGACUUGGACCAAAUAAUAAAGAAAAGCAGCCAAUAAGUGCCCAACAUAUAGAUGGGAACCCCUUCAAUACUGUUUAAAAAGCAUCUCAGGGUGAUACCUCAAGAAGUUGGUUGAGAAAAUGUCAAGAGUACAUGUCUGCAAAUUCUAGGCAAAGGGUGACUACUUUGAAGAUAUAACACAGUUUUGAUUUAUUUUGGAUUUUGUUUAGACACAACAUAAUUCCCAUAGUUCCAUUUAUGUUAUUCCAUAGUUUUGAUGACUUUACAUUAUUCUAAAAUGUGAAAAAAAAUUAUAAUAAAGAAUGUGUUUCAAAACUUUUGACUGGUAGUGUAUAUUUAGUAGUUAACCUGUCAUGUACUGAGGGUGUUUAACGUGGAGGAAAACUUACUAAGGAAAAACAUCCAGUACGUUUGGCAGUUUAAUUAACGAAAGCCAUGACGAAAAGCUGUUGUGUAGUUUUUUGUACUUCAAAGCAAAAAAACUCAUUUAAAUAGCCUACCAAAUGAAUAUUAAUGAAUUAUUAGACAAAUGCUGUUUAAAAUAGUUUUAGGAGUGUUGCACAAUAGAACAUCAACAUUCUGAAAAUAUUUCAUGUCAACUUACUAAAAUUUUGUAAUUAUUUGCAUUAAUUUAUAUAUAAAAUACAUUUGAUUUUUUGGCAAAUAGAUUUAAAUUUGUGUGGACUUGCACAAAAUUAGUUAUUGUAUAUACAUAUUGUAUAUUGUACAAUAUUGUAAAUGCAUACUAUAUUUUGAUAAUAUACAAAAAAUUGCCAAAGAUAUAUCUGAUUUAAUAAGUACAUAUUUAUAUCAAGCAUAUUUUACAUAUAAAUGUACUAUAUAUUGUAUUUUCCUGGUUUAUUUUGGAUUUUUUUUAAAUAUAUAUUUUAAAAUACAUCAGAAAUAUAUAUUUAUUUAAUAUGGGAUAGUUCAACAGAAUCCCAUAUGUAAUGACGUAUUUGUAUGUGUCAUUUGAUGUGAUAUAAAGGGACAACAUUAGACUGUUUUUUGUUUGUGAGAAAAAAAUGUCCUCAACUGUCAAUGAGCAGUUAUGACGUCCUAUACAAU